ACGUUCGCAGCGCAGGCAUCGAACACAAAGUAGCUGGCGGCUCGGCGCACCUACAGCGCCGUAUACCGAGUCCGAGACCACGACUCCACGAGACGACACAAACCCCAGUUUAGGAACAGUUGGAAAAGAGGGAGAAAUGGAGAACGGCGGCGGCAAAGGCGACGUUCCCAACGAUGCGAACGAACAUUGCCCUGGAACGCAGUCGGAGGAGGCGGGGAAGGCGGAUGCCUGCGCUGGGUGCCCCAACCAGCAGAUUUGCGCCACCGCCCCCAAGGGCCCCGAUCCCGAUGCCACAUUCCUUAAGUCCAAAAAGAUAUGAAUAGUUCACUACAACUAAUGCUAUGGAAGCUUCUAACUUUGAUGGACCUUGAAUGUGAUGUGGUUGCUAUUGUUGAGAGGUUGGCUACUGUGAAACACAAAUUAUUAGUUUUGUCUGGAAAGGGAGGUGUUGGAAAGAGCACAUUCUCAGCCCAACUCUCCUUUGCCUUAGCUGAAAUGGACCAUCAGGUUGGCCUUCUUGACAUAGAUAUAUGUGGCCCUAGCAUCCCAAAAAUGUUAGGCCUCGAGGGACAAGAUAUUCAUCAGAGCAACCUUGGUUGGUCACCUGUGUAUGUCGAGUCCAACCUUGGCGUGAUGUCGAUUGGUUUCAUGCUGCCUAAUCCAGAUGACGCUGUCAUAUGGAGGGGUCCCCGCAAGAAUGGACUGAUCAAGCAGUUCUUAAAGGAUGUUGACUGGGGGGAGAUUGACUAUCUUGUAGUGGAUGCUCCUCCAGGAACAUCUGAUGAGCACAUCUCGAUUGUGCAAUACCUUCAAGCCACAGGAAUUGAUGGCGCUAUAAUCGUCACAACUCCGCAGCAGGUCUCUCUUAUUGACGUGAGGAAGGAGAUAAACUUCUGCAAGAAGGUCGGCGUUCCUGUCCUAGGUGUUGUGGAGAACAUGAGUGGCCUGAGGCAGCCACUUUCAGAUCUCAGUUUCGUCAAGCCUGGUGAGGCGGGCGAGACAGACGCGACAGAGUGGGCCCUGAACUACAUCAAGGAGAAAGCCCCUGAGCUUCUGUCAGUCAUGGCCUGCAGCGAGGUAUUUGAUAGCAGCAAGGGAGGCGCCGAGAAGAUGUGCCGUGAAAUGGGGGUUCCUUUCCUUGGCAAGGUGCCCAUGGAUCCGCAGCUGUGCAAGGCGGCUGAGGAAGGGAGGUCAUGCUUCAGUGAUCAGAAAUGCGGUGCCAGUGCGCCGGCUCUUCAGAGCAUUGUAAAGAAGCUGAUCAAGACUGGGUGAGAAAAUAAUGUUGGCCUGCUGGGAAUCUGGUAGUGAGAAUUGAGAUGAACAGGUGUCAGAGUUGUCAUGACCAAUAUAUAUGUUAUUGUGUUUUGAACACUGAAUCUGUGUAUUAGACUAUUAGUGCCAGUACUAGUAUUGGAUCUGUAAGUUUUUUUUUGUUCGUGAAUCACCAGUGGGUGGACUGGGUGUACAAACUGCGGCCAUAUUUCUGCUCCACGAAGUGAAAUAUGUUUCGAGGCACUGCCUGUA